CUGCAAUUGGGCACCGAGUCCAUAUUUUAAGCUACAUUUGAGAAUUGGUACCCUACUUUUGGCAGUAGCAAUGAACAAUGAAUUCAUUAGGGCUCUUUAUUCCAACUAACACCACCAUUGGCAUUGCCAUAAAUACAACAAAUACUCCCUCUUCACUCUCCCAUCUUCAACUCCUCCACUUUCCCAUUCCUCCAUUUUCCAACAAUUUCACCUCCUCAGGAAGGAAGAAAUUGGUGCUACGUGCGCAGAGUUUUGGAUAUAAGAGUGACUGUGAUCAUCAGCUAAUUGAUUUGAUGGAGUCUGAGAAGGAGGUUGUGGAGUUGAACAGAAACCUCUAUCCGGAUAUUGAGUCGUAUAGUACUGGCUUUUUGAAGGUUUCUGACAUUCACACAAUCUAUUGGGAGCAAUCUGGAAACCCCAGUGGGCAUCCAGUUGUCUUUCUUCAUGGGGGCCCAGGAGGAGGAACCUCGCCAAGUAAUCGAAAAUUCUUUGAUCCUGAGUUUUACCAGAUCAUUCUAUUUGAUCAGAGAGGUUCAGGACAAAGUACACCUCAUGCUUGCUUGGAAGAAAACACGACACAGCACCUCAUUGAUGAUAUUGAAAAGCUAAGAGAACACUUGGAAAUUCCUGAAUGGCAGGUGUUUGGUGGGUCAUGGGGAAGUACACUAGCUCUUGCAUACAGCCAAGCACACCCUGACAAGGUCACUGGCAUUGUCCUUAGAGGGAUCUUUCUUGUACGAAAGAAAGAGAUUGAUUGGUUUUAUGAGGGUGGUGCUGCUGCCAUAUACCCUGAUGCUUGGGAGCCAUUUAGAGAUCUCAUUCCAGAAAAUGAAAGGGAAAGCUUCCUUCAUGCCUACAAAAAGAGAUUAAACUCUGAUGAUGUGGAAACACAAUAUGCAGCUGCUAGAGCUUGGACCAAAUGGGAAAUGAUGACAGCCCAUCUACUUCCAAAUGAAGAGAACAUCAAGAGAGGUGAUGAUGAUAAAUUUUCAUUGGCAUUUGCAAGAAUCGAAAAUCAUUAUUUCGUGAACCGGGGUUUCUUUCCUUCAGAUUCAUUCCUGUUAGAUAAUGUUGAUAAGAUAAGGCAUAUUAACACUACUAUUGUACAGGGAAGAUAUGAUGUUUGCUGUCCAAUGAUGUCAGCAUGGGAUCUCCAUAAAGUAUGGCCAGAGGCAGAUUUUAAGGUUGUCCCAGAUGCUGGACAUUCUGCUAAUGAACCAGGAAUAGCUGCGGAACUUGUGGCUGCAAAUGAGAGGCUGAAAAACAUCAUCAAGAAUGGACUUUGAAAGGACUUGCACAUGAGAAACAAGCUUCUUGUUUGAUGUUCCUAGAUGAUGACAUCUAGGAGAAAUAAGGUUUCAAAUAAUUAAAGCCAGUUAAGAGGAAUAUAAUGUAUGUUGGGUUUAAUGUGUUUUGAGUUUGUAUUUAAGAUUGUUUAUUGCUCUGCAUUGACACUGCCCCUUUCGCUGGAAUGAAGACCUUGCUAGUCAACAGAGCAAUGGUUUGUCCAUCCCACCUGCCUUAUUUCUUGAAACUCGUAAUUUGUGGUUCCAUACACUGCAGGAAUGUGCAGGGGCUAUAAUUUUAUUCAAAAUUAUUGCUCGGCAGCAACCAAGGUGAGCACAAGAAAUGGUCAUUUGACUGAUGGACUUGAGGUGAUCUCUUGAAGAUGAUAAUGCAUUAAUCUUUAGCCUUUGGUAGAAUUGUGUAUUGCAAAAUGGGGCUUAAGGUGGUGUGUUUGGAGUCUUUGGACUGUACCAAAGUUUCAGUUAUGGAAAUUAUUUAUCUUGGAAUAAAGUUUUAUGUUCAUAUGAA